AUGGAGAGAAGCAAUCACACAGCGACGGAGUUCAUCCUGGUGGGUUUCGCCACAGACCCAACGAUGCAGCUGGUCCUGUUUGCGGUAUUCCUUGGUGUGUACUCUCUGACUGUGGUAGGAAAUACCACCCUCAUAGUGUUGAUCUGUAAUGACUCCCGGCUGCACACACCCAUGUAUUUUUUCAUUGGGAAUCUGUCUUUUCUGGAUCUCUGGUAUUCCUCUGUCUACACCCCAAAGAUCCUCAUGACCUGCAUCUCUGAAGACAAAAGCAUCUCCUUUGCUGGCUGUGUAUGUCAGUUCUUCUUCUCUGCUGGGCUGGCAUACAGUGAGUGUUACCUGUUGGCUGCCAUGGCUUAUGACCGCUACGCGGCCAUCUCAAAGCCAUUGCUUUAUUCUCAGGCUAUGUCUGUAAAGCUACGUGCAUUUUUGGUAGUAUCUUCAUACCUUGGUGGCUUUAUUAACUCUUCUAUUAUCACCAAAAGAACUUUUGCCUUGAACUUCUGUAGUGGCAAUGUCACUGAUGACUUUUUUUGUGAUUUGCUUCCCCUGGUGAAGUUGGCUUGUGGCAAAAAAGAUGGCUACCAGACUGUGCUUUACUUCCUUCUGGCCUCCAAUGUCAUCACCCCCACAGUGCUCAUCCUCGCUUCCUACCUGUUCAUCGUUGCCACCAUCUUGAGGAUCCGUUCCACCCAGGGCCGCCUCAAAGCUUGCUCCACCUGUUCCUCCCACCUGAUCUCUGUCACCUUGUACUAUGGCUCCAUUCUCUACAUCUAUUCUCGUCCCCAGUCUAGCUAUUCUUUGGACAGGGACAAAAUAGUUUCUACGUUUUACACUGUAGUAUUCCCCGUGUUGAACCCCAUGAUCUAUAGCCUGAGAAAUAAGGAUGUGAAAGAGGCUCUGGAUAAACUCAUUAAAUAAAUCAAGACUCUCUCGGAGGAGAUGCAAAGACAAUUGUUGAUCAGGUAUUAUAUUUCAAGAAGA